ACAACAUCUAAGUGACACAGUCUUGUCGGCUUGUGAUGGUCACGAUUUCAAGAUUAUUAAUUUUAAGGAAAUUCAAGUAGGUUUUAUUUUGUAUAUUGGUGAUCUCAGAAGGAUGAGCCAACCAAUUACCAAGAUGUUCACGCUAUGCUUGAUUCUGAUUGGUCUAUUUGGGACGUGUAUCAGCUUAAAACAAUCAGAGGUGAAUAGUAUAAUGACUCUGAUGAAGGAAGUCAUUGACGCCGAUGCAGUCGAAAAUUUUGGACACUCCAUGUUGGCACCGGGAAUCGUGCGGCUAAUCUUCCACGAUUGUCUAGGAGGCUGUGACGGGUGUAUCGAUAAAAGUAAUGUCGGGAAUGCAGGGUUAGAACAAUACAUCGCACAACUUGAACCUGUUUAUGAGGAGAUUAUCAAUAACAUGGAGAUCCCUAUCUCUCAUGCUGAUUUCUGGACACUAGCGUCAAUUUAUGCGAUACAGCAUUGUAGCCGAGAAGAUCGCUUUAGUGACUACCUACCACAGCCAAGAUUUCGUUAUGGCCGCAAGGAUUGCGGAUCGACAUCCCCAUACACCGAAGAGCCCGGCAAGGUAUUUCCAGAUGGAAU